AUGGCUGCCUCCACCGCUAACAACACCACUCCCUUCUACGGGUGCAAGAUCUCGCUGAUCUCCAAGUCGGAAAUUCGCUACGAGGGCAUCCUCUACACGAUCGACCCGAAGGAGUCCACCAUUGCCCUCGCUAAAGUUCGCUCGUUUGGUUCCGAAGAUCGUCCCGUUGAGCGGCCAGUCCCACCACGUGAUGACAUCUUUGAGUUUAUCAUCUUUCGCGCAAGCGAUAUCAAGGACUUGAUUGUAGACGAUCCUCCACCGGCACCCCAAUCUACUCUCUCUGACCCUGCUAUCAUCCAAGCGCAACACUCUGCUACGUCAACAUCUUUCCCUGCGGCUUUUCCCGCAUCGAGUGCCAGCGGCUCGGGGGCCGCCACCACCUCUGCUGCUCAGCAGCCCCAGCAGCAGCCAUCGAAGGCUCCGGGCCAAGGUGGCAAGCAGCAGUCUGGUGAGAGGCACUCCCAGGCUGACGGCUCGAAGGGCCCCUCGAAGCAGACAUCCUCCAGCUCGGUCACCUCUGGUCAGGCAUUCGCCAAGGUGGCCGCUGGUCUCAGCGCUGCCGGCUCCUCCACUCAGCCGCAGUCGCAGCAGCAGCCGCAGAACAAGCAGCCUGGUCAGCGCCAGCCGAGCCUUUCCUUCUCCAGCAAACUGCAGCAGGGGACGAAGAACGACGGACAGCCUGCCACCGGUGGUGAGCGCAACCAACGCCCCAACAACCAGCAGCAGCAGCUGGGCCAGCACCAGCUGACUGUGGGCGGCCCAAGGGGAGAGCCCGGUCAGAAUGGCUUCAUUCGGCAGAACCGCCAGCAGAACAAUCAGCAGAACCGCGUCAUCGGCGAGACGGCCAAUCCGAACUACCACCGAAACAACAAUGGCCAGCAGCACCAGGGCUUUCGCUCGUACAACGCCAACCGCUUUGUCCCUCGCAACCAGCAGGGUGGCGGUGGCGGCUUUGUGCCGGGCGGAUUCCGCCGUGGAGGCUACAACAACGGCCCCGGCGGCAUGGGCAAUCGCAACUUCAUCCCUCGAGGCCCAAUGACGCACACGGUGCCCAAGUUUCCGCCACUCCCUGACACGGACUUUGACUUUGAAAAGUCGGCCGCUGACUUUAAGAUUCUCGAGGAGAAGCUGUGCGCGCUGAAGUUGAAUGGCGCCCUGCCGAGUAGCUCUGAGGGCGGCGAUGCGCCCUUUGAGCUGCCGGAAGUUCCUGGCAUUCCUGCAUCGGCCCUCACCGUUGCCGCCCUCGAGGAGGAGGACAUCUCCAAGGAGCCCUGCUACAACAAGACCAAGUCCUUCUUUGACUCUAUCUCCUGCGAGGCCCUUGAGCGCGAGAAGGGAACCAACCAACGCGUGGACUGGAAAGCGGAGCGCAAGCAGAAUCGCGAAACUUUUGGCAUUGUCGCCGCCCGCCGGCCCACCUUUUACCGCAACAAUCGAGGUGGCCUAGGCGGGGGCUACCACCACCACGGUGGCCGUGGCGGCUACCACCAACAGCGUGGACACUUUCAGAACCGCACCGGCGGCCCGAUGAACCGCGUACCGCGUACGCCCAACACCAAUGGCAACCCUACCGCCAACAGUACCGUGACUAGCACUACACCCACCAGCCGAAGCAGCACUGGGGGCGGACAGCCGAAGACUACUCCGAAUGGCGUGGCCACCACGUCGCCCGCAGCACCUGUCGCUGCGAAGAACUAG